AUGGAUGUCUUUGGUGAGUAUGCGGAGCAAACGGCGAUGGGAAACUCAUCAGGCGCAGAGGUGGCUUGCUUUGGGGGGACCUUCGACUGGGGGCCAAAGCUGUCAGAUUUAGUACCGAACUCGACACAAGCCAACCUCGCUCCGUUUUCGUCCAGCAGGGCAUCUGCCUCGUCGAGACAUGUCAGCGAAACCUUUCGUUGUCGGUGGAAGGGCUGUUCGUUCGCUGCUAAAGACCCAAGCUUCUUUGAAAAACACCUCUGGCAGCACAGGAAGUGUCCGAAGGUUGGGUGCCCAUCUUUCUUUAGGGAGGAGAAAGAGAAACGAAGACAUGUCUGGAAGACGCAUAGAAUAUGGGCGCAGUUGGUGGGAUUUCCUACCAUCGGUGGGAUUUGCGACGAGUGUGGCCAGACUUUCACUCGGGAUGAUUACGUGAUUCGCCAUAAGAGAAGCAAACAUGAAUAA